AGUAGCGAAGCCAUUCUGUCUUUGCAUUUCGAACCUUUCUUUUCGGUGGCAGUGAUAAAGUAAAACGCGCGCGCGCACAUCAUCUUUUAUGGCAGUCAAAUUGUCAGAUAUAAAGUGAAUUCAACUACAAAGCUCACAGCAAAGAGUGUAAUAACAACAUUUGUUGAACGGAACAAGAACUAACUAAAAUUAGUGCAUUUCUCGUUGUUUAAGAUUUUGGUUGUGUGAAAAUUUAUUUCCAACGAGGAGCUGCGAUUGUGUAUAUAAACUAAGGCAAAACAUUGCCACUGUAAAUGCCCCUAGCUUUCUUACACAUUUUGUAGAUACGUAUAAAGCAAGCAACACGUUUUUGUUGUCGCCGACACUUCAAUUACUCUUUGAUUGUUGCAAACGGGCGAAAGCGUUACGAACAAAAGAAAGGUAAAAAUUGUAAAUCAAGGGUUAAGCUAACUGCCCAUAAUUACACAUACACACACUCAGAAAUUCAAACCGACGGCACAAAGCAACAGUGAAUUUGAGUGAAAAUGCUGCGAGAGCAAGCCAUUAAACGGCAACAAGCCAGAAAUACACAGCCACCGCCCCCUACUAUAAACGCACCGGUCCGCUAUCAUCGCCGUCGACAACAGAUGUUCCACGCGGCUGCCGUAACAUCGCCCAUGUUGCAACGGUUACUGUUAUCUACACUGGCGCUUUUACUGACGCUUAGCCAGAGCGCAAACACAGUUGAUGCAGUCACAGACUCGCCCAUUAAGUUCAUUAAGUUGCCAGCACAAGCACCAAUGAUCCACUACACCCAGAGUAAAGAUGACUCGCCAAUAAUCAGCUAUCGCAAUAGCAAGGAACAUACUCCAAAUGAUGCCGCCGAAGUCGAAACAUCGGCGCCAAUUCUUAGCCGUGCCGCUUUGCUUUAUUCAGAGUACAUGAAUGCAGCCAUGAAUACAAUGGCUUUGGAUGAGGAUGCAGUUCAACGGCAGCAACGAGGCAAUGCUAACUCCUGCCCUAGAUCAUGUCCACCUAGUACAACGGUGGGCGCCAUACCAGUUUGCGGUUCUGAUGGUUUAAUUUAUGCCAAUCUCUGUGAAAUGAAGAAAAAGACUUGCUCUCGAAAUGGGUCAAAUACCGUGAAGGCUGUUAAAGACAGUUGUGAACGCGCGCGCGGUUCCGAAUGCAAGCACCGGUGUCCUACAGAGAAAGACCCAGUUUGCGGCACCGACGGCCACACAUACUUGAAUCGUUGUAUGUUGCGCGUGCAAGCGUGUCGUGUUGGCUUGGCUGCGGUUAGCAUGUCGCAUGUGGGCGCCUGCAGUAACAUCAGCGCCAUACGUGAGUCUUGUCCAGUCGAUUGUAAAAGUGCUCCGAAAGAUGGUCCAAUCUGUGCCUCCGAUGGCAAUGUGUACAAUUCGACAUGCGAGAUGAAAUUGCUGACGUGCAGCCAGGGUGUAGUGAAGACCAGUCGGAAGCAUUGCCAGUCGACCCGCAUGUGCCGUGAGUCUUGCUGGCGUGUUGCGCGGCCUACCUGCGGUUCUGAUGGGCGUCUGUAUGCAAGCCCCUGCAAAAUGCGAGCGUAUAAUUGUGGAAAGCACAUUUUCGAAGUACCGCUAGCAUUUUGCAUGUCUCAAGAGCGAAAUACAAAUGGCAGCAAGUCAGCGGAUAACUGUCCCACCGAAUGUCCUCCUACUUCGGACGCGCCAUCACAAUAUGUCUGCGGAAGCGAUGGCAAUAUUUACUCCUCGCUUUGCGAGUUAAAAAUGCUAAAUUGUGGUCCACAACGAAAAUCUAUACAAAAAAUGAGCAUGGACAAGUGUAAAACCCGUUUGAAUCGAUGCAAACAGCUUCCGCCUUGCAAAGAUUUUAAUAAUUUAUUCGGGUCCAUAUUUUCAUCAAAUCGCAAUGACAAACUCUGUGGCAGUGAUGCAAAAACCUACAACAAUGAAUGCGAACUUGCGCAUGCAACGUGCUUGCGAGGAGUAAAUCUAGCCCAUAUAGGCCCAUGCACGGACCUGAAAUCUCAAACCAAGGAUUGUGGUGAGCGUUGUACACGAAGCGACAUCGAAAGUGGACCAGUGUGUGGUUCAGAUGGUAAUACAUUCCCUUCAAUGUGUGACUUUAAACGCCGUACUUGCCACAUGCGCGUGGUUCCCGUGUCUUUAAAGAACUGCUUGCUCACUGCUGACUGUGAGUCGGACUGUGAUGCUCAGCCUCCGAAUUUCGUAUGUGGAUCCGACAAUAAAUUUUAUAAAUCUGAGUGCCACAUGCGAAAAGAAAACUGCGGUAAGCACGUGUUCGUAGUUCCGCUAAAGCGUUGCCUCAGCAACAUUCAGUUUAAAGGAUGCGCUCGUAUUUGCCCGCGAGAAUUUGAACCGAUAUGUGGGACGGAUGAUAUGACAUAUUUGAAUGAAUGCUUCCUGGAAAUCGAAAAUUGUAGAACGAAUAACACCGUAAAAAUAGGUCACUAUGGAGCUUGCGGGCGGCCUGAGGCGCCUUCAUCGAAUUAUCUGUACUAACGAGUAAAAAGCGUUCACGGAGGCUUGCUUCGGAAUAAAAUAUGAGUUGUUUACUAUUUAAUUUUGUUUUUGCAUUUAUAUGUAUGUAUUUAAUUUUAUUUAUUUCCGUUACACAAACAGUUAUGAGUAAUAUUUUUGAUUUUUUUAGCUCUUAAAUUUAGUUGAAAAUAUAAUAGAAAUUGUGUUUAUAUUUAUAUUAGACUUUUAUAUGCAUAUUUUUAAAUAAAAAAUUAGAAAGAAAAAAUUAA